AUGCUCGUCUCCUUUAAAUCGUGUAACGACCAAACGAGCCUGCAGGCAGAGAUCUUCGCCGACCAUCCAUUCUUUGUCAGGGGAACAGACAGGCCAAGCUGGGCUUCGUUCAAUCCUGCUGCCACUGAAUUGCGUUAUGGGAUAAGCUGUCAUAUGUUACAAAGGGGUGACGUUUGUGUGUUGCCAUGUGACUCAGAUGUUCUUGGACGUUUUAACGGAACACAACGUGAAGGCGACCAAAAAUCGUCUGAAUUCACUGCUAUGGAUUCAACAGCGGCACUUACACUUAGCAGCAUGGCUAAGGAUAAAGAGGAACACAGCCACCGCCGAACCAAGCUUCUGUCAGAGUCUCAUUGUCCUUCAAGCCCAGUGAAAAGAAACAACACAAAUCAGUUUACCAAGAGGCCAAUGAACGCAUUCAUGUUGUUUGCUAAACGCUUUCGAGUGGAAAUAACCCAGGCCCACCCUGGUAAAGAUAACAGGUAAACCCUUAGAGUGCGUAUCAUAUUGACACGUGGGCCUUAAGCCAAUCAGAAGCUAUAACACAGAUUAUACCUGUAAUUGCCUUAAUCAGGAGAGAAUCGAGGAUGCUCUCUUUGUCUUAUUUAUUAAAUUUGAUAAAUUUACAUUUUGUGAAAGGAAGUAUAAGAUAGACCUGUUUUGUGGUUGAGAGAGAGUAUGUUUGUCACAAAAUUGUCAAAAUUGCUAUAGACUUAAAAGAGGGUAAACCAACGUUUAACCUGACUGCAUUUAGACGGGGGAACAAGUCUGUCAGGUGAAUAACUAACUCAAUCAAGACUUUCUUAACCUACAUUAAGUUAAAGGUAGUCUCUCUUUUUGAGCGUUGUGGCCGCCUACUAUCUCUACUUUAGUGUGAUGCGACUAGGAGUGUUUCUACUCCCUCUUGUUUGAGAUGCUAGUCCAUCGCGGGGUUA